CACAAAUAGACAACCCUCCUAUGUUUUGCAAGUAGAUUUCUCCCCGGUCUCUUCCCCUAUAAAUACAUCCUAUUUCUCUCUCGCCCUUCCGCACCAGACACCACACCACCCUUGAAACAACAACAAGCACACGGAGGAGAAAAACAGAGAGAGCAGAGCAACAACAAGCACCCUGCAACUCCUCUGCUCUGCUACGCCGUGAAAGUGAAACACCAACACAACCAUGAGGCCCGGAGCCGAGUUCGUCGCCAUGAGCCACCGUGCGGGGGCGCCGACGGUGGCGCCAGCGCAGGGGCUGAUCAACGGGACGGUGGCGCCACACUCGCCGUGGCAGUCGCCGGUGCCGUACCUCUUCGGCGGGCUGGCGGCCAUGCUGGGGCUCAUCGCCUUCGCGCUGCUCAUCCUCGCCUGCUCCUACUGGAAGCUCUCCGGGUACCUCGACGGCGACCGGGACGGCCAGGCGACGGGGGACGCCGAUGGGGAGAAGGCCUCGGCGUCCGGCGCGGCCAGGCCGGCCAUGGAUUUCCUGGAGCACGUGGUGGUCAUCAUGGCAGGCGACGAGCGGCCCACGUUCCUCGCGAAGCCGGCCGUCAGCCGGGCUGCCGAGGUGGAGCUCGCAACCGCGGCCGCGGCAGCGAGCGCGCUCGCCGGCGGUGAGGGGCAGGAGAAGAAGGUGGACGAGACGGGCACCGAGGCGAGCUCGCAUCUCGGCGCUGACUCGGCGAGCCCCAGCCGUGAUCACCACGACGCGACGAGCCGGAGCCACGUCCAUGACCAAGACGCGGCGGGCCAGAGCCUCGACCACCACCACGAUGACCAAGACGCGGCGAGCCAGAGCAGCAGCACGACGGCCCUGCAAGAAAGCUUGCAAUAAAAGCAGCCGCCUUUUGUUCGCUACAGCUUUCCCUUUUUUGGGGCUGCUUUUCUCCCACCUCCUCCUUUCCCCACUCCUUCUUCCUCCUAGAUUUAGGCUCGGCUGUGUAGAUUCUUGGCGUGAUUGGUUGAGUGAAAAUUAAUGGAGAUAUUUAUGCGAGACUUGGAAAUUUUGCCAA